AUGGCAGAAAAGGAAGGAGGAAUCGUCAAGAAGGGCCAAGAAGAGGGCUUGAAAAUGGCUGUCGCUCUGCUAGAAGAGUUUGGACUUCCUGCAGGACUUUUGCCCCUUGCUGAUGUGAUUGAAGUCGGUUUUGUGAGGAGCACUGGCUACAUGUGGAUCCUGCAGAAGAAGAGAGUGGAACACAACUUCAAAAUGAUUAGCAAGCUUGUCAGCUACCACACCGAGAUCACUGGUUAUGUGGGGCAGAAGAAAAUCAAGAAGCUCAAAGGAAUUAAGGCUAAGGAGCUUAUGUUGUGGCCCCCGGUCAGUGAGAUAGUUGUCGAUGAUCCACCCACCGGGAAAAUUCACUUCAAGAGCCUUGCUGGGAUCACCAAGACUUUCCCUGUCGAGGCGUUUGCUGCUGGCCAGUAG